CGUUCACAGAAGGGUUGUCCUGAGCAGCAGAUAGAGCUCUGAAGGAGUCUGAGCCCAUCAGGCGGGCGUUGCCGUCUGGCGGUUCGAGCUGGUGUCAUCGAUCCUGCCCUCGACUUGCGACAGGUUCCGUACAUUUUGAUACCAUAUCACAGAAGAUGGCGCCCGCCCCCAUGCCCAGGCUCAUCAUCAUCCGGCACGGAGAGACAGAAUGGUCUUUGAACGGAAGACAUACAGGGACCUCUGACAUCCCUCUAACCGCUCGAGGCCAAGAGCAAAUCAAGUCUAAAGCUCAGUCGCUUGUGGGCGAAGGCAAACUCGUCGAUACCGUUAAUCUGUGCACUGUAUUUGUUUCUCCAAGGCAACGUGCUCACAAAACCUUUCAUCUCCUGUUCGAUCACCUUCCGGAGCUCCCAAGCCAUAUCAUCACGGAGUCCGUUCGUGAAUGGGACUACGGUGAAUAUGAAGGCUUGUUGCCCUCCGAAAUCAAAGCCAAAAAAGCAGAUUGGACUAUAUGGAGGGAUGGUUGCCCGGGCGGUGAAUCUGCAGAAGAUAUGGUCGCUCGCGUAGAUGGUGUCAUAGACGAUGUUCGCAAAUAUCAUAGACGGUGGAAAGAAGAGGGACAGGGCACCCGCGACGUCGUCGUCGUUGCCCAUGGACACUUCAACCGUUGUCUUCUAGCCCGUUGGAUCAAACUCCCUCUUGCGCAUGGCACCUUCUUCAAUGUGAAACCUGCUGGGAUCGCGGUCUUGAGUUACAAUCACGGUUCUCUCGACGAACCUGCAUUGAAUGCGUUGAAUCUAAACGCCUGAUGGUUCGCUGGACCUGGAAGUUGAAGUAAAUGGUUCCGAGGAUGGAGCCUUCAUGAAUCGGCUGUACAAACUGAGGCAGGUGCCAGUACUCUAACACCGAGAACGCAUAUAUGUACCACUUUGUAUUGUACUCGAGACUGUGUCGUGGAAGCUCGCGGCUCUUACGUCGAUCCAAAAUCC